CCGAACAGAUAUCCAAGCUGAGCUCGCCGCUAAUACAGCUAAUACAGCUAAUAAACAUCACAGUGUUGAUGGUACCAUCAUAUCACAGCCAUGGCCAAUCAGACCAUCAUAGUUCUGACACCAAACGGCAUCAAUUUCCCCCAAACAGAGGAACCCAAACCCACCAACCAGAGGCAAGACAGCCUAGAGAAACAUCUAAAGGCAGAUGUCAAAGUCCUUGGGACCAUCCAGAUCCUGUGUGGGGUGAUGGUGUUGAGUUUGGGAAUUAUUGUGGUGUCUGUUCCUUCCUCUCCACAAUUUACCCCGAUGCUUUCCACCCUGUUGAAGGCUACUUACCCAUUCGUAGGAGCCUUGUGUUUUGUCAUUUCUGGAAUUCUAUCAAUCAUCAUGGAGAAAAAGUCAACUAAACCUUUGGCUCAGAGCAGUGUGGCUGCAAAUAUUCUGAGCUCUCUAUGUGCUCUUGUGGGUUUUAUUCUCCUCUCUGGCAACCUGGCUGCUUUGGAUUCUGCCUUUUGGAAGUGUGACUUGAACAGAGAGGACAGAGUACCUAAAGGGUAUUCACUUUUCCAUUAUCUGCACCCAUAUGCUAAGGACGACUGUUUCACGGCCAAAACCACUCUGCCUGGAACUCUGUCUGUGAUGCUGAUUUGCACGGUGCUGGAGUUCUGCAUGGCCGCGCUCGCUGCUGUGGUUUGGUGGAAACAGGCUUACUCUGACUUCGCUGGGAGUGUGCUUUUCCUGCCUCAGAGUUACAAGAAUAAAUCCAGCAUACCUGCAAAAGCAUUUUCUGACCCUGGCUAUGAAGAACUAUUGACUUCUUAG